GACGCAUGUCGCCAAACAGGACGCAGAGCAAAGUGGACGAAGAUCAGGCCGUGCUCGCCCCGUUCUGGCUGGACAGCGUUGACGUGAGGAAGACUGGUGGUAGAUUCACCGUCGGCAUGGUUACGGACAGUGUGAACGCCGACCUGUUGCCCAUGGUUACCAACACACUGCGGACUAGCCAAGACGUACCGCAUACGUUCAAGGCGACUCAAGCCCUGGUCGUGACUUGGAUCAACUUACCGUCAUCUGCUAAUCCUCUCAACAUGAACACGUUCCAGGCGAUCCUGGCAGCUGACGAAUGCCAGUCGUUUGUCACGUUCUUGUACCCGCAAUAUGGCCUCGCCUACUCGGGCCAACGGCAGCCGGCAAUGAUCGGAGCCGGCGGAAAGCAACAUCGCGCAUCCGGUAGCCUCGAGGUCGGCAUCAUCGCAGCGUUUGGCAACGCCGUGUGGACAUACAAGCUGACACCGGCAUGCGGUGGCACCAGUCGACCCGCCUCGGCCUGCAAGAGCCUCCGCAAGUACCCGCUGCCGGCCCUGCCGGAGGACGAGAUCAUCCAGUGUCCGGGUACGAGUGUCAUCGCCAGCGCCAACCAUCUCUUCCAGGCCUACCAACCUCACUCAGCAAGCACCACCAGCAGCAGCACCAGCAGUAGCAGUAACAGUAACAUUUGCUACCGGACCAAUCCUGUUCUGAACGCAAAGCUAGGCACGUCGAUCGCCUCGGUCUGUUGCUUCGGUAAAGAUGGCAGCAUUAUAACGCACGGCAAAUUCCGGGGCCACGUCACGUACUAUGAAAGUGAUGUAGCGGCGCUCGAAGACUGCGGGGAAGCUGGCCUGUUGUCGUACUUUUUUGAUCAUCGUCCGUCUCCGCUGGCAAGAGCUACCCGAGUUCCGCUUGUACAGUCGCAUGCGUUCGGAGACCCGCACUUGCGUACCCUGUCUGGCAAGCACUACGAAUUCCAACGCGUGGGCGAAUUCACCCUGGCACGUGUCCAGGCCAGCGUGUUUGGCUCGAGUAGACUGCUGGAUGUCAGUGCUCGUAUGGAGGUGCACCCGUUCAACACCGAUGGUUAUACGUCCAUUACUCAGCUGGCGCUGGGAGUCGAUGACAGCAUCAGCGCAUACAUCGUAUCCGUGACCGGCGCAGGCAAGCUGUCCGUGCUCUACAACGGCUCGGACAUCACCGGUGCUGUGCAAGACGGUCAACAUCCAGCUCUCGCUUUCACCAGCAACGGCAACACCCUCGUCGUGUCUAUUGCCAUAGCCAGCUGCAGUGUGGAGGUCCUGAACAGACAAAUUCUCUCAGCCAGCUUUCAAGUGUCUGCAAGUGUGGUUAGCCGAGUGCAUGGACUGUACACCAUCGACCGCCUUCAUCCCAAACUGGAUCUCGCCGACGUCAUGGCAGUGUUCAAGGCAGCCGCUAGCAGCUAUCAGCACAACAGCAGCAGCAGUCCGUUUGCGUACACCAAAGAACACGGCCAUGCGUUCUACAACCCGCCGCUGCCAAGCAGUGAUAGCCCCGUGCUCACCCAGACCAGUUCUGACAUCAUAUCAAAGGCCUCUCCAGAUCUACAGAAGGUCUGUGGAUUAUCCCUGCCGUGCAUCAUUGAUGGUCUGGCACUGAACUCCCUGGAGUUUGCCGCCAGCAGUAAGAAGGAGGACACGGCCCUGGCGGUGCAGGAGAGUACCAUAGAGACGGGUCUUCCACUCAUCAAGAUCACACCACCAGUACUUCAGGCACAGCUCGGCCAAGCGGCCAGCGUGGAGGUGCAGGUGACGGGCAUCGCCGCGUACAGCAUACAGGAGCUACGCUGCAACGUGGUGGGACUGCACGCCAGCACGUACCAGAUACAGCGCAAGGGCACCACUAUGCUGCGCUUCACGUGGACGCCGGCCGUUCGAAACCAGACGGGCGUCGUGAGCGUCUCGUUUACCGUGGUCGACGCGGCGGACGGCCGGGAGACUCACGAGGCGCUCCGCCUGACCCUGUGCUCCUGCCACGGGCAGUGCGAGCGGCUGGCCACGGCCGUGGAACAGUUCACACUGCUCCGGUGCACGUUCUGCUCGGCGGGUCGUACCGGCCGGCUGUGCGAGCAGGACGUCGACUCCUGCGCCACUAAUCCGUGCGACCUGCGUCGCGGCUGCGUCGACCGGAAGGUGCCGCAGCACGGUUACACUUGCACGGCGUGCCGGAGCGGCUACGAGCAAGACGCGUACACGGCAGACGCCUGCGCGGACAGGGACGAGUGUAAGGCAGGCGCAGUGAGCGACAGCAAUGGUUAUGGCGAGCCGAUAGCCGUGUGUACGUCUGCAUCACAGAGCUGCGUCAACACCGCCGGUUCCUAUGAGUGCGUGUGUGCUCCGGGCUACACCGGAAGCUCAUGUACAGAUGUGGAUGAAUGCAAUGUUGUGAGCUCUGCUGGACCGCCGCCGUGUGAUGCACACCAUGCUGUAUGCACAAACACUGUUGGUAGCUUCACCUGCUCAUGUGCUCGUGGAUACAUUGGAACAGGGAAGACAGUGUCGGGAGGCUGUGCGGAGGUGAAUCCCUGUCUCCUUGCCGAUAAUGGCUGCUCCAAGGAAGCUCAGUGCAUUCCUGAGAAGGCCUCCAACAUCUGCGUUUGUCCUGACCGGCAGCUGCAGACUGCAGACGAGAACUGCGAUGUUGUUCCGAUUUUGGCACGAUCGUCGCCCGAAGUGGACACGGUCUCCAUUCCGUAUGGCGCGCACGUGACUCUGAGCUGCUCCUUCCUGGGAGUGGUGCGCGGCGAGAUAGUCUGGGAGGGUCCGUACGGCGUGGUGGUCCCCAACACCGGUGUUCGCGUCACGAUGUCGAAAACACACGUGUCAACGGUCAGCAUGCUGUCUAUUGACUUCAGUACUAACAUCACGGUGGGCCAGGGAGCGGCGGCCAUGGACCUACGCAUCGCUGCUGGCCUGUACGUCUGCAACGCCAGCAACUCGCGCGGCUCCGGGAUGGCCAAGCGGAAUGUCCUCUUCCUUGCCGAGAGCGCCUUCAACGACAAGGACCUCACCCUGGAGAGCUUCCUGACACAGCCCGUACUACUGACUGGCGGAGUGGGGCUCUCUUUAGUCUUCAUCACCAUUGCCAUUGCCAGUAUCCUCCAUCGACGAGGACGACAGCAGCGACAGGAGUUCAGCGGCCCUGCGAAGAGCAGCGUGCAACAUGACCAGCAACCCAUAGUGAAGAACGGCGGCGGCAAGAAGAAGAAACGCGGCAAGGAGAGGUCGGCCAAGUCCGAGCAGAGCCUCACCCGCAGUGGGAGUGUCCUGCCGGACUGCAUUGAGGAGGAGUACACGUACGGCAGUUCGUCUACGCGUGUGCGCCGCAAGCCGGGCUUCAACAGCUUCGACAUGCAGGCCCUGAGCAGGACCAAGUCGAAGAUCGGGAACCACGUGCAGGUGAGGGUCGAGGAGGAGCAGGAGGACGACCUGGACGACGGGGACGAGUACAUCUACGGAAACGAAAGCACCACAGCCUGCAACGACCACAGCCUGGUCGUCAAGCGCUCGGCCAUGCAGACGACGGACUCGGACGUCGACCUGUGCUUCACGUUCGACAAGGACAGGCGCAGCAGCGCCGUCACCAUGCUGCACGACUUCUACGUGGAGGGCACGAACGGCGGGCCGGAGACGCCCGGCUUCUCGCCGUGUGGGUCCGACGCCCCGAGCCGGGCCGAGCUGGUCAGCAUUGGGCAGGGCAGCGAUAUGUUCUAUCCGGACGGCAGUGGACACGGCGUGGCGAACAUACGCAGCGCCGCAACAAUUGAGGGCACCAUGCAGCUGCGGCGCUCGCUGGUGGCCGCCGCAGCCGCCACUGUCGAGGGCGAGGACCACAAGUACGCCAACAACGACAACGCGUCCAACAUGGGCACGGCCGACCCGCAGGCAUGCGAGUACGGCGAGAUCACCCCCAGCGGGCCGUGUCGCAUACCCGACAUGCUGUCCUGCGAGGACGAGUACAUGGUGGCGUCGGACGUGCAGCACCUCGCCCACCUGCCACCGCCGCCCGACGAGAACGAGUAUGGCGAGCUGGGCGCAGUUGGGCCUCCUCCGCCGCUGCCGUCGUCGUCGAUGCAGAAGGACACACGCAGUCUGCCGCCGCCGCCACCGCUGAGCUCCGCACCGCCCACACUGCCGCUGUCUCGAGAUAUGCCACCACCGCCACCGCCGGACUGGUCAUGAGCUGGUCAGCGUGCGUCACUGCAGCGCUCGGCUCGGUAGACGGGGCAUUGGCCGGUUGCAGCACUCACUCACUCACCAGGUGUGCAGUACAUGCAUUCAAACUGACCGGCAGCAGCAGCAGCAGCAGCAGCAGGGGAAAACCCAUCCCUUGGCAGCGACUUUUAACUGAAUCCGGAUAGCGACGCAUAGCGCAGUCCUUCCAGAGCGGGUGCAUGCGCUCAAAUAGCGCCACGGUGUGAAGUCUUGAGGUGAAGCUGAGUCUGCUUACACUGCCCCAACUGACAGUGCUGAGCGUCGCCAUCAAGAAGAACAGUCCCAUGUACAUAAUUAUCUCUCUUUCUUUGUCGGCGGAAUUCCCUGCCAGGCGCAAGGAUUCUAGAGCGCCACUUCCAAGCUCCAUUGCAUUGCUGCUGCUUUCUUUCUUGCUCUGUGCGCAUUUUGUUGCUACUUCCAUUUACGUUGUUUAGACUAUCGAUUGAUUGCCCCGAGGGCCUCUCACACGCACUCUCUCUCUCUCUAUCUAUCUAUCUAUCUAUCUAUCCAUCUAUCUUCUUUCUCUCUCUCUCCCUCGGUCGGCGG